AACUCUGGCAGGGAGUGGCUGGGAGAGCCACACUGUUUUCUUUAGGACCAGGGCUGGGGCAGAGGGCUGCACAGUGGACACUGGUGAGGGGUCUUGACAAGUCACUGACCUGAGGACUGUAAGCUGAGGAGAGAGGUGCACAGAGGAGGAGAUUUUACGCCGGAGUCAUGAGGGUGGGAGCUGCAGCCUUGGCUGGAGGGAUUUUUGGGGCAGUGGGGACCCUGUGUUUCCUCCUGGCCUUUGGUACAGACUACUGGCUGGUGGCCAGUGACAACUGUGGACCACAUACAUGGCCGACGCAAACAACCCAGCCAGGGGGGAAAGAUGUCAAUGGGACUGAGGUAGGACAGAUCCCGUCAGAAGUGGAACCAGUCCCUGUUCCUCAGAGGUCGCUCACCCUCCACCAUGAGGGCUUCUUCUGGCGCUGUGUGUUUCAGGUGGAGCCUGCAGCACAUGCAGUCAUGGCCACUCUCUUCACGAACCAGCCAGAGUCCAAGGUGUGUAGCCAUGGUUACCUGUUCCCUCUACCUGUCGCACUUGGACAGGUGCCUCAUCCAAGUUAUGACGCCACAGCAGUGUUUCGGGGUUUCUGGACCGUGCUGAUAAUCCUCGGGCUGGUCUCAGCUCUGACUGGAGGCUUCCUCCUGGUCUGUGGUGUCCCCUUCAUCAGCCCCCAACUCUACAAGCUGGGUGGAGCCUUCCUCAUCGCUGCUGCCUGCUUGUUCCUGUUCAUGCUGCUGCUCUACGUCCUGUGGAUGGAGGUGGUGGACGUGAAAAGCUACGUCCUGCAGGAGAGGGGAGAGGCCUGUCCAGACGCCAAGGUUUCUGUGCUCUACGGCCUGUCGUUCAUGGUGGCGGCGGCUGGCGUGCCCCUGGAGCUCGUCUCUGGGUUGGUUUUCAUGCUGGUGGGCCGGGCGCUGCGUGCCAGCAAGUGAGCUCACCAUCUGGCCCGGAGGAGAAGAGCGGACUGACCUUUUUAUGUCCUGCACUGGGAGUCAAUGGCACACAUGUGGGAUGUAAACACCCACUGGAAACACACGACCAACAUUACUGCAUCAUCCUUUUUGGAUGUUAAUCCGCCUGCGGCCAGAGACACUGGUUUGGUGUUGCUGUUUUCUGUCACUUGCUUUGCUUUAUUUCCAUAAAAAUCACCAGUUACACAAGAUGUCAGCAGUAGGGUUUAUUGAUGUAAACAUGAUGUGCUACUCACAUAUUAAGGAGCAGUAUAAAAUAUGCUGAGACUCUUUUUUUUUUAAGCAAAACUCUGAGAAAAUAAAUAUUUCUUCUGCUCAACUGCAUCCUUCAGUAAUUCUGCCAACUGCUGCUUUUUAUUGAUGCUGCGAAGGAUGAUUCCACAGAGCGGAAGGUGAGGUACGCAUGGGUGAGCCAGCUGUGUCCCCCCCUGUCCUGGUUUUGGCACACGAUCAGAGUGGGCUGUAGCCGGAGCAGAGUGAGGUGGGAGGGAGGAGAGGAUGUGGACUGGAAACAGAAAGGGCAGGGUUUGGAUAGAGGGGUG